AUGCCGUGGAAGGAACUCGUUGAAGAAAACAUCGCUUUCCCCCUGUCUUUCCGCGAGUGGGAUCUAAUGAGUCAAACCUACCCACUAACUAAUACUUAUCCCCCAAUGCGUUUGAUUCUCGUGUCCCCUUCAAAUGAAGCCUCCAAACAAACAUUUGAUCUCCAAUUCGAUCCACCCAGUGCCUACUUCCAAGUUUGCGAGAGCUGCUAUGAAGAAAUUGAACUCGAUCGAUUGAAUUUCAAGAAUGCUCGCCUGUAUUUUCGACUCUGUGACAAUCCAGAAACUGCUAUCAACUUGGAUGCUGAAGAAAUGCGAUCUAAAGAGAGGGCCUCGAUGACUGACAGGCCACGUCGCUCUUUAAAAAAACGUGAUGAUAUUUGCGUUACUGUUAAUGGUAGUAUGACCCUGCUUACUUUACGAUCAUUACUCAUUGAACAUUUCAAAGCUUAUCCCAUGGAUCAGCACUUGAUAAUAAACGGCGUUGAAUUACUGGAUAAUCAUAAAUCACUUUACCAAUUGGGUAUUAGACCGGAUAUGGUGAUAUUUGCCUGGGUCGAUCCAUCAAAUUCUACAGUCGAUUUAGAUUAUGAAUUUCCUGACGGAGAUGUUCCCCCAGGUGGCUCAACCAGAGGGAAAGGUAAAAUUUGGGGCUAUUUUUCCCCCUCUGUGUGUGUGUGUGUGUGCGUGUUUCUAAGCUGUCAUCAUGUUCAUCUCUUCUUUUCCACUGUAGAAGUCGGCUUUGCUGGAACCCGAUUGACAAACUUUUAA